AUGUACAAAUCCCGAAUUCUGCGUCGGCUCCAAAGCUGUCCCAAGACAUAUAUCAGUUCGAGAUGCGCCUAUGCUACUACCUCCUACAGUACACCUGCGCCAUUUGCCUCCCGGUUGACUGAAGAAGAUAUAAAUCAAGCCAGGACAUAUUGUUCCAAUCUUAUCCAAAAGUUUGAUUCGCCAUCGUAUACUCUUCAAACCUUUAUUCCUCCCUCAACAAAAGAUGCCUACCUUUCAAUUCGUGCUCUCAAUAUUGAAUUAGCUCGUAUACCAGAUAUUGUAUCAAAUCCAACAGUAGGGGCAUUGCGCAUGCAGUUCUGGCGAGACAAUUUGAACCGAACAUUUGCGAAUACACCUCCGAAAGAACCUGUCGCCAUUCUCCUACAUCAUGCGCUCACGUCUCUUCAAUCGCGAUAUGAUGGAAUCAGCACAAGUGUGAUGAAGGGUUGGUUUAUGAAAGUGAUCAAUACAAGGGAACAAUAUAUGGAUAAUCGGCCUUAUACAAACAUGGAUGCGCUUGAGAUGUACGCGGAGAAUACAUAUUCAACAUUAAUGUACUUGACUUUAGCAGCUUUACCUCUAAAAUCUAUGGCAGCCGAUCAUGUCGCGAGUCAUAUCGGUAAAGCGGCUGGAAUUGCUGCGGUUUUGAGAGGUUUGCCACUCAUAGCAUUUCCACCACCACCAAAUCAUCAUAGCAACAAUGCAGCUUUUGGUGGCGCUCUGGGUGGCAAUGGUGGUGGGCGACAAGGAGCAGUUGUUUUACCAUUAGAUGUCAUGGCCGAAACUGGUGUUAAAGAGGAGGAUGUAUUGAGGCAUGGCGCAGAAGCUCCUGGUUUGAAAGAUGCUAUUUUCACAGUGGCGACCAGAGCAAAUGAUCAUUUGAUUACUGCCAGGGAGAUGUUGAAGAACCUCCAAGCGGGUAAAGAUGCAGGUCACGAGUUUGAGCAUCAAGAUGAGGAUGGUCACUACUAUGCAGAAGGUGAUAACACCCAAGUCAGUGAUAUAGAGAGAGGAUUUGGUGUAUUUAUGCAGGCAGUUCCUACGAGAUUAUGGCUGGAAAGGCUGGAACAACUCGAUUUUGAUGUAUUCAGGCCAGAACUGAGGGCAAGAGAAUGGAAGUUGCCAUACAAGGCAUACUGGGCGUAUACUAGACGAAAUCUUUGAUGUAAUAGAAUUGAUAAUCAAGAUGUCUAGCCAAAAAUGCUAGCUAGUCUGUCUCGCUACAUCGAAGUCUGUAGCAUAAUGAUCACACGUAUUGAAGUUCCAGCUAUUUGAAGAUCCCAUGGAUCCAAUUCAUAUUCUCAUUACCGUCAAAAACUCCUGCAAUGCGGUUCUAAAGCCCAAUUUUCGAUACGAACACCGAAUUCUGAUUUCAACCCUGAUUAUGUACGUUCAUCAAGAACUUUGUCCUCCAAUGCGUCAACAAACUGUCCAUACACAGCCAUUUCAUAUCAACGCCCAGUCUCGAUUCAUCAUCCACCAGGUGAUCACGAACUUUCUAAUUUUCCAUGUCCAACACCACACCAUCAAUACCUCCACCCUACCCCAAUUCUUUCACUCCCCGGCCCAUAUCUCGCAUCCCUUUCUCCGCACCUUCUUCCUGCAUACAAAAUCCCAUUGUUCCUACACUCCGAAGAACAAUACCCAUUGACAUAUUUCGGCCGAAUAUUCCAGCGAUUCGGUAAACAUUCAUUCGGAAGUUCGAACGGUAAACCCGGUCGUGCUAAUUCUCGUGGAUCAUUGAUGCGUGCUAACUGUGCAAAGAGAAGGUAACAGUUGGGUCCUGCGUGGAGAGUGCGGUGGCCGCAAAGGGGCUCUAUGCUCCAGUAAUUGCACAUUUGAUUGGUUUUAGUUCAGACGAGAGAUUUAACAAGUAUGAAUCUGGGAGCUUAGAACUAAGAGCUAGAUGAAUUGUGGAUGAUGGUCGAUUCGAACAGGAAGGGAGGGAGAUCAAUUAUGACACCUGCAAUACAAAAACUUGUUCAAAAAAGGACUUCGGGAUACGAAGCUACAAGUAGUAUACUUAUACCGGAAACACAAGCUCUCUCAGUGUUCUCCUAUAGCUCAAGAUUCCCAUCAUUGAUCAAUGUGACACACUUGCUCUUCACAAUAUGAGUCUUCAUUUGCUGUACGCAAAGAAUGCUCUUCGCUGUAAGGCGGGCCAUCAUCCCCGGUU